UGUUUAUUUUCGUGGUACCCGGGCUACUCAGCUACCCAGGACCAUUCAGGACAUCAACCUAGAGGGCAAGUGGACCCAGACAACUGCUGGAGAAGAAUUCCUACGAGUUGAUGAUGGUGACCAAUCCAGGAUUUCAGCCUUUCCUACAUCAGACAACUUGAUUGAUCUCUGCAAUGCUGACACUCUCUUCUGUGAUGGAACAUUUUACACGUGUCCAACUCAGUUUCAGCAGAUCUAUACCAUCCAUGCUAUGAUCGGAGACCAAAUGUACCCUCUUGUAUACAGUCUGCUUCCCAGCAAGAACCAAGCAACAUAUCAGCGAUUCUUUACACUACUCAGGACCAAGAUGAUGGAACUCCAACUCAAUCCAACCACAGUUUUCCUAGACUUUGAGACUGCUGCCCAGAACGCCAUCCGCGCAGUAUUUCCAGCUGUGAAUUUGAAGUUCUGUUUCUUCCAUUAA